AUGAAGUUCUCACUCUCCAUCGCCAGCGCCGUCCUGGCCUUCACUGCCUCUGCCGCCCCCGCCGAGGAGCUCGCCGAGAGAGCCACCGUCUCUGGCUCUGGAACCCCCGGCUCCAUCUUCAUGUUCGGAUCCGCCUCCAACUGCCGCCAAAUCUUCUACCAGUCCGGCGCCUGCGGCCUCAGCACCUUCUUCCCUACCCAGGUCCCCUCCAACCUGCCCCUGGUUGCGCUCCCUUCAGGAAUCUUUGAUGCCCAUGGCCCGUCCGACCAGGAAAACAGCCUGUGCGCCAAGGUCAUCACCAUGACACACAACGGCGUUACCCGCCAGGCUGUUGUCGCGGAUGAGAACACCAGCAGCGAGCAGUCCAUCGACAUGUGCCUCGAUCUGUGGCAGGCCUUUGGUGGCCACGACAACGACGGAUCCCUCAUCAGGAGCUUCACCUGGUCAAUUGCGGCGUAA